AUGUUUUUCAACUUAAUGCAUUUGAACAUAAGAAGUUUGGUCAACAAAACCGAUGAAUUAGAAAGCUAUUUGUCAAACAGUCACAUCAAAUUCAAUGUAGUUGCGAUAACAGAAAGCUGGUUAAACGAACGUACUGAAAGUUUGCUUGGCAUGGAUGAAUAUAGAUAUGUAGACAAAAAUCGUCGUGACAAACACGGUGGAGGGGUUGGUUUCUAUGUCUGUAAUGAUUCUACCUUUCGAAUAAGAAAUGAUUUAAAUACCAUUGGCUCGCCAAAGUUUGAAAUGUUUGCAAUAGAGAUCAUUAACAAUUUUAAAUCUAAAAAUUCAAUUGUGAUGGUUAGUUAUCGACCUCCAAUAUACAAAAUUAAACAAUAUUUUAAAGAAUUAGAACAAGUUUCACAAAUAACUAGUAAUGAAAAUAAAUUUGUUUAUCUUUUGGGAGAUCUAAAUAUCGACUUAUCGCCAGAAGUUAGCAGUAUAAAUAAAAUUCAAUUGAACCAACUUGUGACAUGUUACAACCUCAAAUCCAUGAUCACAGUUCCUGCAAGAAUCAGUAAUACAAAAAAAUCCGCUAUAGACAUUUUGUUUACAAAUCAUCCAGAAAAUAUUAUACAAUGUGGUACCAUUUUAUGCGACCUAUCAGACCACAUCCCACUUUUUGCUUCCACUAAUCAAAAAAUAAAUAAUAAGACAGUUGCUGACGUUACAUUUUCAAAAUAUUCUUAUUCAACACACAGAAUAAGUAAUUUAAAUGGCAUCUUUCGGUUACAUUAUAAAUCUUAUUGUUCAGUGACCUCUAAAAGACAGGCUCAGAAGAUGACAAAAAACAAACCGUGGAUAACUAAAGAAUUUAAAAAAUGUUAA